GGUCUUCACAGACACUGUGAGUUUAAGGAACUACCUCCCACUUCAUUUUCAAGACAAAGAACAUAAUCACAGGACGAGUUGGACGAGCAUAGACUGAAAAGUUACAGCCGGGUUGUAGCAGCAGCAAGGUGUGUCAGUUUCACACGACAGUCAUGACGGAAAUCUGUGGAAAAGCAGUAGGAGACAUGAAGGGACUCUGUGAAUUAAAGGAACCCUUUGAAAAAGCAGUGGAGGACGUGAAGAUACUGAAAAAAAGACCAGGGUACACCGAACUGGGUGAAAUAUAUGGUCUUUAUAAGCAAGCCACAGCUGGUGAUAAUGAAGCACCGCGUCCAGGGAUAUUUGAUCUCGCAGGACGAGGAAAGUGGGAUGCAUGGGAAAGAAGGAAAGGUCUGUCCAAUGAAGAAGCAAUGAUCGCCUAUAUUGUCUUGGUGGAGGAGUAUAAGAAAAAAUUUGGGUUCUAGAGUCUGUUUCUCACCGAUCCUGUAGCAUUCGUCGCAUGUUCUCAUGUUGUACUUCAAUAGAAAUUACAAAUCGGACACCAUUUAGAAGCGCUCUUUUGUACUUUAUUACUAUGUAAGACAUAAUUGGUUAAAAUGCUGGAGAGCACUGCAGUUUGGAGUACUUUAUGAUAGUCUAUGCUGGUUAAAACAAAACAGUGAAAAGGAAUAGCAACAUUUUGGGAAAUGUCGGACUAUUCCUUUAGUAGCAAAAACAAUGUACAAUUUCAAUAAAGAGCAUUACUGUAUACUGAA